AUGAACUUGAUAAUUGUCUUGAUCUGUGAGAAACUUAAAAUAGUUAUUGAUAAUAAGUUCCCACUGACCAUUCAAGCUGAGGCUAGAAAACGCUGGGAAGUUUCUGAUGAGAUAACUCGUUGCUACAUGCUGGCAAGCAUGACCAGUACUCUGUAUAAGCAACUGGAGAGCUAUAAGACUACUAAACCCAUUACUUUGGUUAAAGACCAUGUGACCACUCUUAUGGGCUACUUUGCUGAAGCUGCGGACAAUGAGGAAAAUUUGGACCAGAACAGUCAAAUUGAGAUGGUGUUCAAAAGCUUGUCAAAGGAUUUUGCUAGUUUUAGGGCUGCAUAUAAUCUUGGAAACAAAAACCUGAUGCUUAAACAACUUAUGAAGUAG